UUAAAUCACCAGAGUUGAACAAUUGAAAGAUAAUCAGCCGGAACUACGCCAGUAGUUUAUUUCAAUUAAUUAAAAACUCACAACCAUUUUUACACAAUAAUUGACAGAAGACAGCUUAUUGGGACUAAACUUUUGUAUUGUCAAUUAUAAAAUGACAGUUGUAUUCUCUACGUUUCUGUCAAUGAAGAGGUUGCUUUUUCCUCUAAGUCAUCCUCGUACACCUACAGUAUUCUCAAAAGCAAAACUACACACAACAGAAAGACGCCUUCAUGGGGAAUUUGAAUACCAGGACCCAACCUCAGAAGACCAAGUGGUCAACGUUAUCUAUAUCAACAAAUCAGGAGAGCGCAUCCCAGUGCGAGGGAAAGUAGGGGAUAAUGUCCUGUACCUAGCGCACAGGUAUGGCAUUGAGAUGGAAGGAGCUUGCGAGGCUUCCCUAGCCUGCACAACGUGCCACGUGUAUGUGAAUUCUGAUCACCAAGCCAAAUUACCCCCUGCAGAAGAUAAGGAAGAAGAUCUAUUAGACUUGGCACCUUUCUUGAGAGAGAACUCAAGACUAGGAUGUCAAAUAAUACUGACUAAGGAGCUAGAUGGGAUAGAAUUGGAACUUCCAAAGGCUACCAGAAACUUUUACGUGGAUGGUCAUACGCCCAUGCCUCAUUGAGUUUUUUGAACUAGCGAAGAAUGUUAUUACAAAGCUAUAGCCACGCAAUAAUUGUAUUUUGUAUUGUAAAUAAUGUAUAGUAAAUUGAGAUCUGUUCCAGUUGUUGAAAUUUAAUUAAUUUGAUAAAAUCAUUAUAUGAAAUUGAAAUAAGAUACACAGGAUUUCGUA